AUGUUCCGGCUUUCUCGACGGCUGCUCUUGACGAAGCUCUCAGCACGGCGGUAUUCGUCUGGAAAGCAGCGUUUCACCACCAUAGAAGCUCUGCAAUAUCUCGAUCACACCACGAAUCUCAGCAUUCCCGCUUUCGACGCCAAUGAACCUGCUGUUUUUAAAUCCGCGUUUCGGGAUUAUCCAGCGGUCAAGAAAUGGUUUAUAUCAGGUAUUGAUCCUUCCGGAUAUCCGCAGGAGCUAAACGCGGCUUAUUUGGAAAGAUAUGGCGACUCAUUUGUGUCACUGGAAGUAACGCGGCGAAGCCCCGGCAGUGCACAGAACGCAACGUUUGAUCGCAUUGAAGCGCCUUUUUCUCUUCUUCUCGCGCACAUGGGCGCGGAGGUGGAGCAGGAUGUCCAAUUGUACCUCGCACAGCAUUCGCUGGAAGACCUGCCGGCACAAAUGAAGGAAGACUUGCCUACACCCGUACAUUUCCUCGCCGAAUUGAAAUCCCGGGGCGACAUCUAUGCCUCGAGUCUCUGGAUGGGAAAACCGCCGACGCGGACCCCGCUACAUCGCGAUCCAAAUUCAAACCUGUUUGUGCAGUUGGCGGGAAAGAAGACGGUGAGAAUGAUGAGGCCGGAGGUUGGCAGAGGCGUGUUUGAGAGGGUGCGAUUGCGGGUACGGGGAACGGGCGGCGGUGCGAAUAUGCGGGGGGAAGAGAUGAUGCAGGGGAGUGAGAUGGAAGGGCUGGAGACGGCGGUGUGGGGCGAGCAUGGGGGUGGUGUUGAUGGAGUAGAGGGAUGCGAGAUCACUGUAGCAAGUGGGGAUGCGCUAUACGUUCCUUUGGGAUGGUGGCAUGCUGUGAGGGGCGUUGGAGAAGGCGCAAAUGCUUCUGUUAACUGGUGGUUCCGCUGA